AUGUUAGGUGUUGUUACAUUGUUGUACUCGUUGGAUUAUUUGCCAGGUGCUUUGACAUUAGCAUAUCAAUUGAGGAAAUUACUACCUAAAGGUUCAAAAGAGAAGCAGUUAUGUUUGAUUCUUUCUAAGGAAUUGAUUGAAGAAGGACAGUUAAGCGACGACGCCUUGAAAGUGCUUGAAAUCUUAUUCGAUGAUAUUAUAGAAAUAGACCCCAUCGACUUAAGCGACCCGGUCAUAAGACAAAACCAAGUGAACCUUAUGAUGUUGGAGAAUCGAUCAGAGUUAGCGUUCACAUUUAUGAAAUUACAUUUAUGGGAGUUGACACAAUAUGAGAAAGUUCUGUACCUUGAUAGUGAUGUGCUACCCCUUGAUUCAGAUAUAUUCAAAAUUUUUGAUCAUGUUUCCAAUCAAACCAGCGAUCAAAUUGCUGCUGUACCAGAUUGUGGCUGGCCCGAUUUGUUCAACAGUGGUGUAAUGGUCAUUAAGCCCAGUAAGGAAAAGUACCAGGAAUUGCACGAAUUGGCAACAAAAGAAUUAUCUAUAGAUGGUGCGGACCAAGGGAUCUUGAACCAAUUUUUCAACCCUAUGUGUCACGAUGGGGAUAGACUGACGGAGUGGAUCAGAUUACCUUUUUUCUACAACGUGACGUCUCCUAACGCUGGAUAUCAAUACUCUCCAGCUAUCAAGUUUUUUGCCAACAAGCUAAAGUUGGUCCAUUUCAUCGGUAAAAACAAGCCAUGGAAGCAUGGGUCAACUGGUGGUCAAUACAACGAUAAAUAUAGGAACCAAUGGUGGUCAUUGUACAUGGAACUAUGUCAUGAAUAUUUCCAGUCCGAACUUGAUAUUGACAUUGACCACAUAUGUCGCGGUGUGAAGGACGUAGAUUUGUCAGACAUCGAUUUGGAAGAUGUAAAACCUACACCGGUAUGGAAUCCAGCUAAGGAAGCACCAUCCGAUGAGUUACCUGCCGAAGCUCCGCAUUUAAAUAUAUCCAACUCUUACACUUGGGAAUCAGAACUCGUAGUAAUUCCAGAUGACACUCCAGCACAAGAAAAAGUAACGGUACCAUCUGAAGAUGGCGCUGAUAUUACUGCUGAUCAUGAUACUAUUGUUGAGGCAGAACUGCCAGUGACGGAACAUCGUCAUAAGACUUACACAAGACCAAAGCCAAUUUUCCCAUGGGAACUAGACACAAACUACAAAGCCACCCGUGUUUUCCCGGAAGAUGAAUAA